UUUAUGCAGGCAGAUGCGUGUGCGCUCGUGGGUCCUUGUUAUCUCACCUAAAUGUCUGUGUUUUCUUUUUUCCAGGAGAGAAACCUCGAUAGCUUUUGCUUUGACUGAAAUUCCCUAUUAUCUGGCGUUUGGUCAUACAAUUAGCACCAGUCUUCACUGAACAGAGAUUUGCAUUCAUUUAGUGGCCCACAAGUCAUGUCUGGUAUAGCGUUAAGUCGUCUUGCACAAGAACGAAAGGCUUGGCGGAAGGACCAUCCUUUUGGUUUUGUAGCUGUACCAACAAAAAACCCUGAUGGGACUAUGAACUUGAUGAAUUGGGAAUGUGCUAUCCCUGGAAAGAAAGGGACGCCGUGGGAGGGGGGCCUAUUCAAACUUCGGAUGCUCUUCAAGGAUGACUAUCCUUCCUCUCCACCAAAGUGUAAAUUUGAGCCUCCUUUAUUCCAUCCGAAUGUAUAUCCGUCUGGUACCGUGUGCCUAUCUAUUUUAGAGGAAGACAAAGACUGGCGGCCUGCCAUUACAAUCAAGCAGAUUUUGCUAGGAAUCCAAGAACUCCUUAACGAACCAAAUAUUCAGGACCCCGCACAGGCUGAGGCAUACACGAUUUACUGCCAAAACAGAGUGGAAUAUGAAAAAAGGGUCAGAGCACAAGCCAAAAAGUUCUCUCCAUAAACCUCCAAGAUUUCCCUUGUAAUGGAAAUUGGUUUUGACCAGGUCUCCUCACCCCAGUUACUUCUCCCUUACAAAUCAUAUCCAUUUCAUACUAAUUUCUUGUGCCAUUUGUCAAUCCAAUGAUGCUCAUUCUAAUGAACUCUCUUUAAGGGUUUUACAAUUUGGCCUUUUGUAUACUGUUUUUGCCAUUUGGGCUAAUCCACAGUAAAGCUCACACCAGGUUGUGUGAGGAAUUGAUUAAAUUUUUUUUGUGGGGUUACUUGGUAACAGUGCAGUGCUUUAACAUUUACAACGACAACAAAAAAGGCACAAUAAACAUCCACAUUGCAGAAGAAAUAAUAUUCCACCGAUGGAAAAUCGUUUCGCAAUUUUGAUUAUUUUAUUUUUUUUUUCUUCUCUAGAUUGCCCUCCUUAGUCUCUUUCGUGGUUUUAAUGAUUUAAAACUUGCUAUUAAUGUCAGUAUUUCAACUGCUGUAUAAUGAUACUUUUAUACUUUAAAUUAGUCUCUCUACGAGAAAUAUCCAGUCCUGAUGCAGGCAGUGUACGAAGCAUGUACUAUUCAGUAUGCGAGCAUUUUUCUGCCUCGGCCGUCUGUACCGUUAAAAAUACUUAAAGGCCUCUGAAUCAAAUUGAAGGCAGGUUAGUUUACCGCUGCAUCAGUCUUGUUGUGUUUAUAUGGUGUUUUGUUCAUGUAAGUGUAUAGAGUAAAUAAAAAUGUUUAUACAAAGCCAGUUGUGUGGCAGCAGGUACAUUGUGCACAAGUUUCAAACCGUGUUGGAUCAGUUUCCACCAUCCUUGAAAGGUAAGUCAUCACAUGGUUCUUGGGCAGGAAAUGAUUAUGCCAGUGGCAUAGUACUUGGCCAAUAAACUAUGCUGUUGGCAUAGAUAAAAUUUUUUUAAAGGCUGAAUCUGUUUAGGUUUGCAUUAGACUCCAUACAAUCUUUCCAGAUGCCUAAAUGUAAUGUGUAAGUUAGAUUGUUAAAAUGGAAAUGGGCCGUGCCUAGAUUUUGCAUGUCAUUGUGGCACCUACUCUUAAGACUAUUGGGCCUGGCAGAUAGUGCUUGACCCUUGCAAGGUCAGUGUUUAUGGUUGUCUGGUAGGGAUCUAUCCAGAUGGCUUUUGUGCCCUUGAUACUAUCUUCAUUAAAGGUGUAACACUGGCUGGCCCUGAAUUUCAAAAGCCUUUUAAAUGAAAUGUAUUAAAACAGGAAAAUGUCCAUACCAAUUUUGUAUUCUUUCUCACAAAGGUAAUGUUUAAUCUGGUGUUACUGCGCUCAUUCCCAUGAGAAGUGCAGUGCUUGCUACUGUGAGCUUGUCAAUGGGGAGGGAGUGGUGGCUCAGUGGUUAAAGCUCUGGGUUACUGACCAGAAGGUCAUUGGUUCAAGCACUGCCAAGAUGCCAUUGUUGGGCCCUUGAGCAAACCGUUGACCCUAUCUGCUCCAGGGGUGCUGUAACAUGCCUGACCCUGCACUUUGACCACAGUUUAGCUGGGAUAUGCAGGGGAACAAAAAAAAAAAAAAAUCACUGUAUAUGUUCAAAUGUAAUUUGUGACAGAAAUAAAGGCUUCUUCCCAUCUCAUGGGGGUCAGUACAAUUAUGAUUAAUUUCAGCAAGGUUUCUACAUCCUGAUCGGUAAGGUUACCUGGAAACAAGAAGUAAUUUCAGAGUGUAGAGACCAAAAGAUCAAGAUGUUGUUGCAAUUGCUUGAAGGGAAUUUUUAGUGUGGAAUGGUUAAAGUUAAUGGUUUUAAACUCUUUUGGAGAGUGUGUUUUGAUCUUUUGCAAUUUUUUGUUAUGUGAAUUGGCUUUUAAAUAAAAUCCUACCAUUAAACUGACAGACUGUAAUUAGUGUCACUGGCGAAGGCAAUUAUCACUACUACUAUGGCUAAUUUUUCAGAGAUGAAAGUAGCAUCAUAGAGUUCUGCGAUUUGCUUUUCAAAGUGAUCAGAUUUUGCUUGACAGAUCACAUGGGGAUGAUUCUCACAGACCCAGUCAAGAAAAUGUCCUGGUCAUAUCAAUACCAAAAAAAAAAUUAAAUGUGUUACGUAAACAAAGCCUACAUAUAGGACCAUAGAUGUCCAAUUUUUACAUUGUGACAUUACUUUGUGAACACUUAUGAACAUUUAGCCCCCAAGUAUCAUUACUAUAAAGCGUACACAAGUUUUAAUUUUAAUAUUUCCAUUGCAUUUCAUAUUACACUAAGCUUGUGGAAACAGAUGUGUCAGUAUAUUUUGAUAAUUAGGAUCUAUAGUUCAAACAUAUCUCCUGAACCUUUGUCAUUUCUGCAUCUUGAGGGAUUUCAUGCAGUAACUUCAAGAGCCUUGACUGUCAUCUUUGAUUAGCCGGUUAAAUAAGAUUAACACCAAUGCAAUUUAUGGUUCUGUAAUGCAAAUUGAAUCAUUAACAUUGCUACCAGCAUCCAAGCAAUUCAUCGUUUUUACUCAUCUCUAGAAAGGUGCCAUUGAUAUGUCCCUCGUCCGUGUUUCAUAAAUGUUGAUUGCCAUUUAAAGACCUAGACAUUUUUCCUCCUAAAGUCUAUUUUAUUUUAAAUGCCUUAUUUCCUCUGUUUCCAGAAUUGGUUCAUUUAAUAUCCAUUUAGGACUCGCUGGAUGUAAUGGAAAAUUGCACAGGUGUUCAGGUUUCUCCGUCUGAGACAAGGAAGAGAAAUACAUUUGAUGUAUUGCCCUCCCAAAACCUGGUUGUUCAAAUCAGAGCUGACAUAUGAAGAUCUUAACGAAUGAUAUCUCUGCCUGCUGACGUACAAUCUUCUCGAAGAAUGUUUAAACCAAAACACCCAGCUUGAUGUCCCCUUUUCCUGCAAUCUGUCACAAAACUUAAAGCUGUUGUUGAUUUAAAGAUGCAGUUACCACUUCAAAUAGUCUGAGCGAGCUGGGAUGGUGCACUAAUGAUGUGCAUGUGAAAACUGAUGAAAGAACCUUUUCCUCAGAUCAAAAACCCAAGAGAUAGUUAUCUGCAGUCAUCCACUGAGGGACUAAUGAACUAUCAUUAACUAAUACAAACUAUUUUAUCUGUCUUAACAAAGAUGAACAAAUGCUGUAAAGAAUCUAUUGUUGUUCAUGAUACCUAAUGCAUGAGCUAAUGUUAACCAAUGGAACCUUAUUGUAAAGUGUUGUCCCACACCUUUAAAUUAUAGCACUUGUGGUCAACUGACAUGGGUUUUUUAGUAACUAAAUGCUCAUAUCUAAAGAUCUAGGUGGCCAAUAUAAUGCUCAUAUGUACAAUACAUUAUAUUUAUAGCAAAUAAGAUGUGACAAAUGAUUGCAGAAUUUAAAUGACCAUUUACUUUACAUAUAGAGUAUUGUUAAUUGGCCAAUGCCAAUAUAUCGGCUAAUUGAAUGACCUGUUCUGACAUUAUAGCACAGAUUACAAAUGUUAUGUUAGCUUUCAUUUAUGGAGGUAGCAAUUACAUUAUUCAGCAAUACUUGGUUCAUUAGUUGAAAUGUACUUUAUUUUAGUAUUCUCGGUGCCAAGAAAUAACUUUCCUGUAUUUGUGUCUUGCUCUUUAUUGAAUAGAUUCAUUCAUGUGAGAUGUUUGUGAUGCCUUUCAAAUUAACUACAUUUCUGCUUCAUAAAAUGUGAUUUGAGCAGCA